AUUUACAAACUAAUAAUCGUGCAGAAUUAUAUGCAGUAAUUCGUGCAUUAGAAACAUGUGAGGAUCAACUUAAAAUUCAUAAAUGGAAAAAAAAUAGAUGGAAAACACUUAAAAAUCAGAACGUUAAAAACAAAGAUUUGUUCGAGAAGAUUGAUUUUUUACUGGCCAAAAGACACGGAAAGGUAUAUUUUACAUAUGUUUUCGGACAUAGAGGUAUUACCGGAAAUGAAAUAGCAGACAAAUUAGCUAAAUGUGGAGCUUCUAUUAAAAUGAAUGAGAAAACAAUUCCAACAUGUUGGAAUUGUUUAUCAUUAAAUCAAGGCAUUUGUUAUAUCGAAGAAACAACUGAUGAAAAAAUAAAACUUGGUUCUUCUCUGAAGAACGAAAAAAAAAUAAUUCUUAAUAUACUAAAUCAUUAUGAAUUUACAAAUUUUGAAGAAGUUAAACCUUUAUCAUUAGUUACUAAAAUGUUUUAUAAUCUCAUGAAAAACAUUUUAUUAAACAUAUCUUUAAAACAAAUUAAUCAUAACUAUAAAUUAGAAAUUAAUAACAAAAAUGAAGACUGUGAUGAAUUAAAAUUUGAUCAAAUUUCAUCAUUAUGUCAAGAUUGGGUUAUUACUGAAAUAAUUUAG